AGCCAUGCCCACUUGGGGUUCCGCCUUCAAGGUUUCUAGAGUCUGAGGCUUGCUGGGUCGGCUGCUGGCCCACGGAUUCCCGCUCCCGGAUCAUGACGGCUUCUCGCGGGCCUCGAAGGGCGCCUCCUCGCCGUCCCUGCUCUGCUCGGAGCUUCGCUGGGACUCUCUUGGCGACGCUGGUGCUCUGGUUACCCGCAUCCACCGAUGCCUGUGAUGCGAUACCAAGAUAUGAAUCAAUGAAAGCCAAGGGUAACCCUGUGCCCCCCGUAAGCCCUGGGUUCAUGGCAGACUAUGAGUGUCGCCCAGGAUACAGGCUUAUUGUUCCUCUUGUUCGUCCCACCGCCACUGUUUGUCAGGCUGAUGGCACAUGGGCACCUGCUCUCCGGGAGGCUUGUACAAGAAAAUCAUGUCCACAACCAACAGAGCCCGUAAAUGGCCGCGUAGAAGGAACUUUUCAGUUUGGUUCACAGGCUAACUAUUCUUGUAAUGAGGGUUAUUACUUACUUGGAAAACCAGUUCUAUAUUGUGAACUUUUUGGAAAUGAUGUGGCUUGGAGUGGUGACCCCCCACAGUGUGAAAAGAUUUUAUGUCAACCACCUCCACAAAUACCAAAUGGAGAAUUCACCAAUAGCCACAGGGAUACAUUUGAAUAUAAUGAAGUAGUCACUUACAGUUGUAAGCCUUCUGGUCUACCAGAUGAAUAUUCCCUUGUUGGAGAGAGCAGACUGGUUUGUUCUGGGCUAAACAAAUGGAGUAGAGACCCUCCUGUGUGUAAAGUGGUCAAAUGUGAAUAUCCAUCAGUCCCUGAUGGAAGCAUGGUGUCAGGAUUUGGAAAAAAAUUUUACUACAAAGCAGAGGUUGAAUUUGCAUGCAACCAGGGUUAUUCCCUUGAAGGCAGCCCCAAAAUUGUCUGUGAAGCUAAUAGCGCCUGGGUACCCGAGAAGCCUCGCUGUGUUAAAGUGGUGACUCCUCCUCCUCCCAGUACCACACCUCCGAUUUUGAGUCCUUCAGUGUCAACUCCUCCCAGCACAAAACCUCCAAUUUCCAGUGUCACAGGUGUCAAGCCUAGUCCACCAACCAAGCCUCCAGUUCCAGGACAUCCUACUCCUGAAACACCACCUAAAACAUUAGGUGCUGGAGUCAUUGCUGCGAUUGUUCUUGCUGUUGGUGCUUUCUUGGGACUCAUUGUUGGCUGCUUUGUGUACCGUCACAAGAAGAGGAAAGGGGAAACAGACGGCACUGCUGCCUACAGCACAUACCAGAAUAAAUCAAGCACUCCAGCACAGUAGACACUCUGAUUGGCUUUCCCAAAGCUCUACCACUGCAUCUUUUUCUUUUCAAAUGUCAAGACCCGCAUUUAAAUUCGUAUGGCUACUACGCAAAACAGGACGUAGGGCCCUCAACAAUCAGAACUGGAGCCUCCUCUGAUCUUACGGGAAUAUAUCUGAGUUAACUGAAAGCACUAUGUGGGCGAGAUAACCUGCCCCUCCCUGUUUGUUGCAGCAUUAUUUACAGUAACGAAGGCAAGGAAACAAUCUGAAGUGUCCGUCAACCGAUCAGUGGAUAAAGGGGAUGUCUGCAUCUACAGUGAAAUACUAUUCAGUCAUAAAAAAAGAAAUGCUGCUAUUUGCAGCAUGUAUUGGCCUUCAGGACAUUUUGCUAAGUGAAAUAAGUCAUAUAUAUGGAGAGACAAAUACUGUAUGAUCUCCCUUAUAUGUAGAAUCUAUUUAAAAAAAAACAACUCAUCAAAGAAGAAAUCAGAUUUGUGGGUGCCAGAGGUGGGUGGUGGGGUGAGGGAAUUGGAUGAAGGUAGCAGUCAAAAGGUUCAAACUUCGUUAUAAGCACAUAUUGGAAUGUAAUGUACAGCAUGGUGACUAUAACUAGUAACGUUUUAUUGCAUAUUGGCAAGUUCCUAAAAGAAUAGAUCUUACCCUAACCAGUUUGGCUCAGUGGAUAGAGCAUCGGCCUGCAGACUGAAAGGUCCCAGGUUCGAUUCCAGUCAAGGGCAUGUACCUUGGUUGCGGGCACAUUCCCAGUAGGUGUGCAAGAGGCAGCUGAUCGAUGUUUCUCUCUCAUUGAUGUUUCUAACUAUCCCACUCCCUUCCUUUCUGUAAAAAAAAAGUCAAUAAAAUAAAAAAAUUUUUUUUAAAAAAAGGAAUAGAUCUUAAAAAUUCUGGUCACAAGGAAAAAGAUUUGUUUUGUAACUAUGUGAGUAUCAACUGAAAUUUGCUCAUCAUUUCAUAAUAGACAUAUCAAAUCAUGCUGUACACCUUAAACUUACAUCGUGUUACAUAUCAAUUACACCUCAAUAAACUACAAGGGGGAAAAGCUCUACAAAGGCGUUCUCUGGCUUAUUUCACUGCCGUGAAUGCAGCUGUGAAGGCAUAAUGCUAACAUCUCAAUGCGGCUGGAAUGUAGUCACUGUCCUUGGACCCCUCUGAAAUGGGCGUGAACUUGGGAAUGAACAUCUGGCUGUUUUCCCUUAAAGAAAACUUGCAUUUAUAGUGCAAUUCAACAGUGUCCGCGGUAGGAUUAUAGUAGGGCAAUGAUGUUUUUUAUAAAAUCUGAAUAUUUAGAGAAGUAUAGUUCAAAAUGAGACAUUUCAUCUAUAAAGAAGGUGAUUUUGCAAUGUUCUUUUCCAAAGUGAAUACCAACUUUUAAGACUUACGCUUUCAACAACUCUAUUAUGUGUAUUGUAGAUAGUUUAUUAUAAAAUGUCUACAAAUAUGUGUAUACUACUUCAGCCCUUAAAAAUUAAAAACAAUACCACUGAAAACUGAGUAAGUUUGACCUCCUUACCUAAGAAUAUUAUUGGAAAGUAACUUUACAGGGGAUGAGAUAAAUUUCUAUUUUUCAAAAUAUAUUUUAACUUCUUGGUGAUUUAGAGAAGCCAUGAAGUUAAUGUCUGGCAUUUGUUCUCUGCCUUGUCUUAACAUCAACAAACCAGUCUAAGAAUUAAUAACAAUUUAGGCUCAGCUGCUUGCUUCUGUGAAAAGUUAGAGGGCACUAACACUCCUCACAGGAAUGCCAGCUUGGUACAAAGUGAACACUGGCCUUUCUGGGGAGAAUUCCCCUCUUUAAGAGGCCUCGAAUGUGCUCUGAAUUCUGGCCUAGGGGGUUUCUCUCCCGACUUGAAUAAAAGGCUAUCUCACUUAAGUCACCUGGCAGGAGGCAGUAUUGUAGGGAGUAAAUCCAUCAGCUAUCCCAAGUUGUAUCAGAAUUACUCAUCGUGUGGGUCUCACCUCGCCUGCUAAGAGGCAGAGUAAACGUAAAGCCACGUGUUUCAGAAAAGGAAACCAAACUGUGUGUUUUUGUGGUUGGUCCUCUGCAGGGAAGAAAAAUCACGGAGCUCAGGUAGCACUUUAUGCUCAGGUGGACCAGAUCCCUCCCUCUGAGUCCUCACGCCUGGCAGGGCCUCUUUCAAAUGAGCCAGUGGGCAGAGAGGAGGGGCUGCCGCUCUCAUUUAUUCUUAAAGGGUAUUUUUAUUUUUAUUUUUGUUAGCACAAAUUGGGCUGAAGAAAUGUUGCCCUGAGAGGGACAUGUUUGGAAAAUCAUAGUGGACCAGAGUAAAUACUAUUUUACUCUAUAAAGUGUUCCUUCCCUUUGUAAUCUCUCGUGAGGGACAUUUUUCAACCAAAGAUUGUGAUGCUUUUCAAAAUUAACUUUUAUAAUAGUGCUUCAAGUUUACUCUCUUUCAAUUUAAUAUAUAUGAGAUAUAUACAUAUAAACAUUAUGUUGUCAAAUUCUGUUACUGAAAUAUGGGGAAACCAGUUUUCUGUAGAAAAACUUGUUUAAAUGACAGAGAAGGAAGUAUAUUUGAAUUAAAUGUUUCUUAAAACUGGAAGAAUGUAUUUGCAUUGAACUGGGAAUCCCCCUGAAUGGAGGUUUUUAUUAUUUUCUGAAAAAUUUCUCCUUACAAUCUGAUAAAAUAAAAAGUAGGGUGGUUGAAGUGUG